AUGCCGGGCCAGAACCCCUUGUUACUGAAGUGGCAGGAGCAUUUCAACAGUUCCUGGGCCGCUGAGGACAGCACCCAGACCGCCUCUCGGAACGGGGCAUCCGCACUUUACAACAGACUGCUUCACAACAAGGAAGUGGUGACGAUAACGCCCCCUGUGCAAGAGCUCAUCGGCCCACGACUGCCGGACUUUGAAUGCGAAUCCUGUGCCUCUGCGGAGAAGGACGAGUACCUGACGUCCCUGCUCCACAGCCAGCGAUGGUUGACGCACCGUAUGCUAACGCGGACCUCCUACAACUGCAGCCUUCAGCACAGACUGGUCGUCCUGCAGAGAAUCUUCCAUGCCUUGCACAAUAAAUACCACGACAAAUUUCGGACGCAUUUGCCUUCGCAGGGGGCAGACACCGGGCCUCAGAAUGGGCAGGUGGAGAUGGCGUCUGAGCUUUUCCUCCCCGCCGGGUCGUGUAAAGUCAAAAUGGGCACAGACGUCCUGAUAGAGAUGGGCGUGCGGACAGGUUUGAGUCUGCUGUUCUCGUUGCUGCAGCAGAAUUGGAGGUUUGCGGCCUCGGUGCCUCCGGAGUCAAUGCUAUGCAACGAUGUGCUCUCCACGGCGCUUUCGGUGCUGGCCUCGCUGCCUCCGCUCUCCCUGGCCAACGAGAACAAGAUCCCGUCGGUGGGACUGGACUGUCUGGCUCAGGUCGGGGACUUCCUGAAAAAGACCUCGGUGAACGCUGGAGCCGGCGGGGCAGAUGUGAUGGGGAGGAGGCUGUCCCUGGAGCUGCUGCUGGGGCUGGCCAUGCAGAGGGGCUCGCUCCGGUACCUGCUGGAGUGGGUGGAAGUGGCACUCGCAACCUCCCAGUCCUGCUCCAGCUGUAACCUCCAACAGUCUGUCAGUGUGGGGUUCGACGUCAUUCAUCUCGCGCUUCAUCAGAUGAGGCAGUUUUCUGGUAUUCGGGUCGACUCUGUGAACGCUCAAGUGCUAAAGAAGGAUCCAGAAGGUUUUUGUCAUCUUUCCCAAGCCGCGCUCUGUCUCCUCGAGGAGGUCUGUAGUUUGGCCUCCCAUUGCCUGUGCUCGUGUAACACCGACGUGAUGCAGACUCCGGACAGCGACACGGUCAUGGUGUACGUCUGGGGCAGUAACAGCAGCCAUCAGCUCGCAGAAGGAACCCUGGAGAAAAUCCUGCUUCCAAAACUGACUCAAGGCUUCAGUGAUGCUCAAAUGAUUGAGGCAGGUCAGUACUGCACCUUCUCAGUCUCUGAAGAUGGAUCCGUGAAAGCGUGCGGUAAAGGAAGUUACGGACGGUUAGGACUCGGAGACUCGAACAACCAGUCCAUCCCUAAGAAACUUGUUCUAGAACCCCACAGGAACAUGAAGAAGGUGUCGUCUUCUAAGGGCUCUGAUGGACACACUUUAGCCAUCACUGCAGAAGGCGAGGUCUUCAGCUGGGGAGAUGGAGAGUAUGGAAAAUUAGGUCAUGGAAACAGCGCAACACAAAAAUAUCCCAAAAUAAUCCAAGGGCCGCUGGUCGGCAAGGGCGUGGUGUGUGUCUCUGCAGGCUACAGACACAGUGCUGCUGUGACCUGUGAUGGAGAGCUCUACACUUGGGGAGAAGGAGACUUUGGGAGACUGGGUCAUAGCGACAGUCAAAGUCGAAACGUCCCCACUCUGGUGAAGGACAUCAGCGGCGUGGGGCAGGUGGCGUGUGGCAGCUCUCACACCAUCGCAGUGGCACAAGAUGGACGCACCGUGUGGUCGUUUGGAGGAGGCGAUAAUGGUAAACUGGGACACGGAGACACCAACCGCGUCUAUCGGCCCAAGGUCAUCGAAGCCCUGCAAGGAUUUAUCAUCCGGAAAGUGUGCGCAGGAAGCCAGUCCUCUCUCGCUCUGACCUCUGCUGGACAGGUGUUUGCCUGGGGAUGCGGCUCUUGCCUCGGAUGUGGUUCUUCGGAAACGACAUCUCUGCGCCCGAGGUUCAUCGAGGACCUGAGUGUUACCAAAAUAAUCGACAUCUCUUGUGGAGACAGUCACUGCCUUGCACUCUCUCAUGUGGCAGAGACGGGAAUAUCAUCAGAGGACGCAGCGAAGACCCUGGAGCAGCAGCAGGCGGCUCCCUGCACUGAGCUGCAGGUUCCGGCCAAUCACAACCAGGAGGAGGCCAGCACAGACGACCAGGGCGGGAGCCGCUUGUAUCUGUCAGAAGUUUUGGAAUCCUUCAUGGCCACUCGUGAAGCGAUGCACGUGCAACAGAACGUGACCGUUUACGAGUCCUUCGGCACGUCUCGCCCCGAGGAGAGUCCUGGCAGUCCGGCGCUGGAGUCCAACCUGGAGCAGAACUCGGACAAACACCAAAGCUCAGAGCAAAGCUUGUCCUAUCACGCUGCGUGCCAUCUGGUGGUGUCACGCUGCCUCUUUCUCUUACUGGGAGUCCGAGCGGCGUGGGUGGAACCGAGCGAAAGGGAAGCUAGUCCGACUACGAACUCUGCAGCAAGAAAUGCUGCGGACGACUCGUGGCUGUUUCCUGAUGGUCAAAAACAUACGGGUCAAAUAAAAAACAAGCAUUUGUGUCUAAAGAGUUCAAUAGCUCUCCCCCUGUGCUCUCUUGGCGUAAUGAAAGAAGCUUGGGAUCGCUUGAGGCAGUGCAUGGGUCCAACCACGUCCCUGACUCACGACGGCAGCAACACGUCUUUUAUCGUGAAUCAGGUUUUUGACUUUGUUUGUGGGAGUCUGGUCCACGUGCCGGACGCGUCUUCAACGUGGUGCAGUGAACAGACCUGUGCUCUGGCCGACCCCAAAGCCAUAACGUCUGCGAUACUACAGCAACAGCAGAGGGCAGAGAUGCGACUUGAAGCUCUGCGUCAGAUGUCGUCUUUCUUGAGUAAAUUAGAAGAAAAAGGAAACGGUGUGACGUGCUCCACGGCACUGCUGCAGUCUGUUCAGCUGCAGUUCCUCUGCGGCUGCUUUGGUUUGGGAACACACGUUAUCAGCUUCCACACUGGGGCGGACUAUGAAACACAACAUUACAUGACUGGUAUUUGCUCAGCUUCAAUUGACACACAAAGAGCUCUCCAGUCUGCAGCUCACAAGUUUUACCAACAGGUUGUGUGCACCCUCAGACAAAGAGUCAUUUUGGAAAAAGAAAAUCCAGGCUCCUGUCAACACCUACUACUGGCUUCGAUGUUUGCACUAAAUUUCUGUUACCAGCCCUUGGACCUGGCGCUCGUCAUCAAAUGUGGCAUCCUCGAAGUUCUGUCUUUGUUUACGAACAACAGUUGUUACCAGAUGAGCCAGUGCUGGUUUGCUGCAUCAGCCCCAGCUCAUGCUCUGCUCAGUGGGGCCGUUAAAUUGGCUUGUGGACGCUUGCUUCAGAUUUUAAUAAUGGCGGCAAGCUCCUGUGAGGACUCUUUACCCAUCGAGAUUUCAAUCGAGCUCAUGGAGGUCAUGUGUGAACAGCUCCGAAGUAUCCUCUCCACUUUCCAGCUACCUCAGGCUACGGAGAAAGGCACCGGCGAUUCACAGGAUCUCAAUUCCCUUAGCGCUGAGAAAACUGGACUGGAAAGCAGCAGAGUGGUGGAAUCCCAGCUGGCAGACUUUCUGGUGUUCUGGAGGCGGGUCCUCUCCUCAAGAGUGGUGCGAGGUCGUUCCAUGUUUGUAAAGUGCGUUGAGCCACUUUUAGCCAUAAUAUCACACAAGAGUUCUACAGGUUCUCCAUGCUCUCACAGCCUUCGCACACAGCUCUUGGCCUUCCACAUUUUGGAGAAAGUUUUACCUGCUUGUUCUGAAGCAGAUCAAAUUCAAAAGAUUGUCAAACAACUCUUUCAGCUUCUGUCUGUUUACAUGUGGGAAGAGCCGGUGACGGAAAAGAAACAUGGGGAAACUCUUGAUGUUCCUACCAGGAAUCCUGGUGGCUUUGAAGAAUGUAUUGCAAUCGGGGAGUUUUCCUUUGAUCCAAACAAGUUAAUCUGCUGCACCUUAGAGAGUGGAAGUAUUCUGUCCCAUGGCGCCGGUGGGAAAGGCUACGGCUUGGCAACAACUGCAAUUACGUCUGGUUGUUUUAUAUGGAAGGACGAUAGCAGUGCGACUCUUCUCUGUGAGCAUCUCUAUCUCCUUCUGCCUUGUGCCGCCGAGACAAUAAACAGGUCGACGCUACUCAUAAAACAAAGCUUAAUGGACCAGAAAAUUAUGAACAGACUCCAGAUGGUGCUGUACAACUCUGUGUCUGGAAGUCUGCUGUGCCAAAUAAUGUACUCGUUGCUGCUGCUUCCUCUGAGCACGGUCCAACCCCUGCUGAGCCACCUGCUGGUUCUGCUCGAGAGUCUUAACAAUUUCACCAAAGUGCUGCCUGAAACGAGCCAACAGGAAGAACAGGAGCUGAACGUGGAGUGCCAAAUCACAGGGUCAAACGCAUCACAGAAUGAAGAGAAGUGUCUGUGGGUGUGGCUGUUGGACUUGGAGCGGUCCGUGGCGUUGGCCGUUGGCAGAUGUCUUGGUGGGAUGCUGCUGGGUCCUCCUCCCUCUCUGCAGGAGAAGGAAUCCGAGACUUGGCUUUCCAACGUCUUACUGCGCAACGGGCUCGAAUUGGACUUUGAACAACUCGGCUCCAACAUGGUGUGGCUGACCGAAGAGGUGCUGCUCGGCGCCAGUGAAAACAGGAUGACUGAGUUCAGUUUGAGUGAAGAAACCAGGGUUUUACUGGAGCUGGCUCUGGGGUCCGAUAAAGGAGUAGCUCUGAGCCUUUGGCAGAAUCUAGAGGAGUACGCUCACAGCAGAGAGUGGGAGAGUGGAGGAUUCGCCGGAGACUCGCUGCUUCAAACUGUUUGCAGAUGCAGUCUGGCUGUUCUCCUGAAGCACACUGGGAUGCAGGACAAAGCUUAUUGGAAAAACGGAUAUGACCCGUGUGAGCAGCUGAUGGAUGUGUACGAAGCCGUGUAUAAAAUCAGAAAAGCCGGAUCCGGGGAGCAGAACACUCCGCAGAACUCCAGCAAAAGUCCGAAGUGGCUGAACCUUCGCUGA